UAUCUGCCACAGAACGCUUCCCAAUGAACUACAUGUCCAAAGUCUUCCGCCCGUACUUCCUACAGAGGCUGCAAGCACAGGGGGAGCCAUUGGACAAGAAUGCACUGGGACAACUGACUCAGCUCCAUCUCUCCACCUCAUUAGAGUGCACUUACUACUGGGGUCCCAGACUGCCCUUCUUCCUCCAUGUGAAGAAGUUUUCCUCUGCGAACCAGGCCUUUGAGACACCUAUGGAGAGUCUCCUCUACAAACAGAUGUGGAAAUCUGCCUGGAUGAGAAGGGAUAUGUUCUGCCUCUGUCUCAGAGGGAUCACACUUACAGAAGGAUGGCACUGUGUUUGGAUGGUCAGAACCGUUUCUGUAGCAACACACAGCACCUGCUGGGGAAGGAAGCCACUAAAAGGAGACACCUUCGCAGCAUGGGCUAUGAGGUGGUGCAGAUCCCUUACUUUGAAUUGGAGAAGCUGAUAACUGAGGAGCAACAGGUCCAAUAUCUUCACAAGAUCUUUCCCACCAUCUUCAAGUUCAAUCACUGAUCUUAGUCGCCCAACCAAAUAUUCUUCUGUGACUUUAAUUGGUUGAUCCGGUUAUGUUGCUGUACAAAUCAAGCAAUCUUCCGACGAGCUGCAUGGACAUUCAGAUACAAGGCGUGGCAGAAAAUGUAAAUACUUUUUGUCUGUAAUAUUCAGAUUCAGCACAUACAUAUCCUAAUGGGAGGAUACCUAUGUCCGGAAAUAAGGCAGAAUAAACCUUCAGCAGGCAUAUAAGUGUCAAGUAACAUAGGCAUAAUUUAACUGAAGUUACUGUAAAAUAAAUGAAAAUAAGAUUUUA